UUUAAUUGAUUCGGAUUCGACACCACAGACCAAUUCACAGAGGAAAAUACUUUAUGUAUUCCACAGUAUUCCUAAAACAGAGUACGCUAUCGUUGCCAUCAUUGGUGUUCCUGUCAAUGUCAUGCUGACUAUAAUCCUGUCUCUUGGAAAAUGCGUCUUAGCAACUGCAUCACGUGUUACCUAGUUGCUGUGGAAGUGGCGGAUCUACUCAUUAUCCUCGAGAUUAUAUUGAGACCAAUUAAUGUCGAUUAUUUCCCAUGGUCUUUCUUGGACAUAACCCCUGUAUGUAGCAUUCUCAGUGUCCUCAGUUCUGCAGCGACAGAUUGUUCGGUCUGGUUCACUGUCAUUUUCUGCUUUGAUCGAUUUGUGGUAAUGUGCUGCCAGAAGAUGAAAAUUAAAUAUUGCACUGAGAAAACUGCAGCUUUGAUUCUGGCAACGACAUCCAUUCUACUGUUACUGAAAAAUAUUCCUUUCUACUUUGUGUAUCAACCUGAGGAAUUAAUCGGCAGUACGCCACGGUACUGUUCUCUAAAGCCUAGGUUUAAAACUGAGCCCAAAUGGAUGGCAUUUUCUCAAUUCGAUACAAUUUUAACCCCAUUAUCACCAUUUGUAUUAAUCAUAUUUUUCAACACCCUGACAGCCAGACACAUUUUAUUGACAAGUCGAGUCCGAAAAGGACUGAGGAGAGUCAACAAGGGCAAGAAUCCGAGUGACCCAGAAAUGCAGAGCAGGAGGAAGUCUGUGAUAUUACUCUUCGCCAUUUCUGGAAGCUUCAUACUUUUGUGACUCGUAUAUGCCUUACAUUCCUUUGGUGUUUCUUUUUAUAUUUUUGAACAAGUUGGCUACAUGCUGCAGAACAUCAAUUGUUGCACAAACACAUUUAUUUACAUGGCAUUUAUUUACAUAGUCCAGGUUCAGAAAGCAGUUGCAUAGCGCUGUGA